AUGUCAAACGGUAGAAACAAUGAGGACCUUAGUGACGAGGACAUCGAUGAAGAUGAGCUCCUGGCCAUGCUAUCACCCGAGGAGCUUAAGGAGCUCCAGAGUGAGAUGGACGUUAUCAUUGCCCCAGAUGAGAGCGUACCGGUCGGACAAAGACAGAAGGACCAGACAGAAAAGACGCCAACCGGGACGUUUGACCACAGGUCACUGGUGGGUUACCUCUACUGGGAGAAAGAGUCCAAACGUAUGUUGGAGGAAGAGAGAGUACCAGCAACUCUUCUGCCCAGUGAGAAAACUCUGAGGGAUGAAGCUGCAAAGAAAGAAAAUGAAGGCAACGAUGUGAAAUAUGACGAGUAUAAAGUGAUAGAGGAAGUCAUUGAGGAAGAAACGGUCGAUGGUCAGAACGGAGAGGAAAUCAUUGAGGAGAUAAUUGAGGAAAUCAUUGAAAUUGCCAAUGAAAAGGACAAGGAGGAAGUUGUGAAAAAUGACGAAAAAGAGGAGAUAAUUGAGGAAAUCAUUGAAAAUGCAGACAAAAAGGACAAGGAGGAAGUGAAAAAUGAUGUAAAGGUGCCAGAGGAUGAAAACACAGUCACGCCGGUGUCUUUUCAAGACAACAAUGCAGACAGGAUUAAAAAGGAAAGCGAGUGCAGCGAUGAGGCUUCAACGGAUGUAAAGAAUAAGCAGAGCUCAGCCCCUGAAGUGAGCACACCAGACGUGGAAGAGAAGGAAGAACCAAAAGGUGACACCCCACCUGCUAAAAAUGAAACCCCAGAGGAGAACGAAAACAACGAAAAGCUCCCGCCGAAGGAAGAGAAAAAAAUCAACAAGUUAAAAAUUCCCAAGUUGGCCCUGAAUAAUAUCAAAAUGACGUCAAGACCUUCAGGAAAUGAGACCAACCUGGAGUCGACGCUGGACAGGAUUCGCAACAACAACCCAUCUGUCACGGAGGUGAACCUCAACAAUAUAGAAAAUAUUCCUAAAGAGAUGCUUCUGGAUUACGUCAAUGCUUUGAAGAAGAACAAACACGUGAAAACCUUCAGUAUAGCCAACACCGGCGUGGAUGAGAACAUAGCUUUCAACCUGGCCAACAUGUUACGAGAGAAUCGCAGCAUCACGACUCUGAACAUUGAGUCAAACUUUGUUACGGGAAAGGGCAUCGUAGCCAUCAUCCGCUGCCUGCAGUUCAACGAGACUCUCACUGAGCUGCGGUUUCACAACCAGAGGCACAUGUUGGGCCACCACGCUGAGAUGGAGAUUUCACGCCUGCUGAAAGCCAACAACACACUCCUGAAGAUGGGGUAUCAUUUUGAGCAGCCGGGGCCCAGGAUGGUGGUCACGAACUUACUAACCAGAAACCUGGACCGUCAGAGGCAGCUGAGGAAGGAGGAGCAGAAGCAGCAGCAGAUGAGGGAGCAGAAGGAGCUGAUGCAGAUUUGUGAAAGCAGUCUUAACCUGCCUCCUGGCUUACUUGAGAUGCUGGGCUAUGUUCCGCCACUGGAGCUCCUGCAGGAGCACGGGCUCGUCAAACCCUCGUCAGAACAUAAUGGCAUUCCUCUAACACAGCAGCAGCCAAAGCCAGAAGAGCCAGAGCCUCAGAAGCCGCAGCCUCAGAAGAAGCUCAAACAGAAAGGAAUUCCUAAACAACACAAAGCCGAGCCCACAAGUUCAAUAAGGGAAGUGCAGCUGAAGAGGACGCCCAAGAAACGUGAUCCGUUCCUGGACCAGGACCCCAGAGACAACAGAAGACCAGAGAGGGCCAGUUUCCAACUGAAGAAAACACCCAGAGUCAAAGACGGAGGCAGCUCCGAGACGACAGACGAAAGGCCCAACCUGACCGCUGUGAUUAAAACUUUGAAGCCUGUUCCCCGUCGACGAGUGCCUCCGAAGGUUGACCUCACGCCACGUGACCAGCUCCUGAGUGAAAUCAAAAAGAGCAACGUGGCGUAUCUGAAAUCUGUAAGUAUCCCAUGUGGGAACUGGUUAGCUAAGAUGAAGGUGAACAACUGCAGUGCUGUAUGA